AUGGACCAUCCGGCGAAAGUUUUAUGUCUGCUGUGCAGUGUAGGGGGUGUAAUUGGGUACGCUCGCAAGGGGAGUGUCCCGUCGAUCGUAGCCGGUGUCACCCUCGGUGUAUCGUACGGGAUCUCCGCGUACCUGUUACAUAAGAACGCUGACUGGGGGUUAGAGAUUGCGAUUGCAAGUUCUACGGUGUUGGCUGUUGCUGGUGUUGUGCGUGGUGUGCCCAGCCGGUUCACGAAACCCGUCCCCUGUAUACUGACUUUGCUAGGAUCUCUAGGGACUGCGUAUUACGUCUACAAAUACUCUCAAUUCUACCGGUAG